AAUAAUAGUUGUGUAUGUGAAGUGUAGACUACAUACCCCCUUUAAACCGUAGCGUUCGAUGACUUUUAGAACAGGUAAGUGGCUUCGGACCAACAACCUGGCAUUCAGGGCAAAAUACACUAAAAAGAAAAAGUCGCACAGUUUAAAUCGGGUGGCCUGGAGGGACCCAGUGGCAGUGUGUCAUCAUCCGAAGUUUGGGACUGAAAAUCUCGCUAAAAAGUUGCAAGAGUGAGCCCCUGAGUUGUCGCCGCUGUCCUUCGGCCUCUUCCUUCGUGCUGUGGGACUAGUAGAGGCCCGUUGGGAGUGAUGGCGGACGAGGAGAGCUCACCGCUGCUGUCCUCCGAGCACCACGACGAGACAAAUGGCAAUAUUCUCGGUAGAACGUCCUACGGACUCCUCGCUGAACCCCAGAGUUUGGUGCCUGAUGAACCCCCGCCGCCCUACUCGCCACACAGCAGCCCGGAAAGCUUCGGCAGCGGCAGCGCUCCAGUCAUCAGCUGCCGCGUUUGUCAGGGAGCCAUAUGCGUGGAAGGCAAGACGCACCAGCAUGUGGUCAAGUGCAGCGUUUGCAACGAAGCGACUCCCAUCAAGAACGCCCCAGCUGGCAAGAAAUAUGUCCGAUGUCCAUGUAGCUGUCUGCUCAUCUGCAAAGUCACGUCGCAGAAGAUCGCAUGUCCACGACCGUAUUGCAAACGCAUCAUCAAUCUGGGCCCAGUUCACGUCGGCGAGGAUAGUCCGGAGCUGCAGAACCCACCCGUCGGUGUCCGAGUCAUCUGUGGCCAUUGCUCCAAUACGUUCCUGUGGACAGAAAUUUCCGACAGGACCUUGUCUAGAUGUCCGCACUGUCGUAAAGUUUCCUCAGUUGGCCGGCGGUACCCGAGGAGGAGGACCCUGCUGUGUCUCAUGGUCUUCGCCGUGGUGGCCGCUUCCACCGCUGGACUAAUGGUGGGAACGUGGCGGCCCGCUCGGGAGUCCAAAGGGAUCUACGCCGCGUGGGUGCUGCUCCUUCUUAUCGCCGCCUUCGCCCUGGCCAGAACCGUCUACUGGAGUUGCCUAAAAAUUAGCCAGCCCAUUUCAACGUGAUGUCGGAAUCAUCGUGCGCCGCAUCAAUGAGUGUAAUUUUUCAAUAUGUGCCUAUAGUUUGUUGAUUCGCAAUACAGUGAAGCCUUGCUAUUCACUGAGCUUAAGGACUGAGCAAGGUGCUAAUCGUAGUAAAUUUGGAAGUCAUUGAUGUUUCUAUAUGCGGGUAUGCGUUCGUGAAUCGAUUUUAGUCACUGUAUUCAUGUUAGUUCGUCAUUCCGAUUCAACAUGAGCUCUGCCGACUGGAUCAAGUUCCACUGUUUUACCAAGUUCUGAUUCUUUUUGUAUUGUCGGACAAACUAAUGAUUUAAAAAACUAAAUAGCAAAUCUAUUUUUUUGUUGCACUAAGAAGGAAACGUGACGUUCAAGUCUCAGCAAGGUAUGGUAAUGUGCAAAAACGACUACUGUCAAAUAUGUCUCGCUGCUAGAAUAUUAAUGUGAAACUAAUUUCAUAUGAGGGUGGUGUAGUAUAUUUUUAUUCUGCUCCUAUUCUUGUAUGUUUCCCUCAUAAGGCUGGGGUCAUGUACCAGGUCAGGCCAGUUCGUGCGGGAUAUUGGCAUGGAGACU